AUGACAUUGAUCAAGAAAGUUAAGGAGAAUUUGAUCCAUUACAAUCUUUGGAAAUCCGUCCAAGAGCAUGACUCCAAAGUUUUAUCAGGAUUCCCUCCUUCCAAACUCAUCAUUGACGAUGAAGACAAUCAAGAAGAGUGGGUGGUUCCCAAACUAAUGACUGAUAAAGACUUCUCCAUUGAAGAGAUAGAAUCAUGGUUUGUUCAAAUAGAGAAGAUAUCUACAAAGAGACCCGCAAGGAUUACAAUUGGUCUAGUAAAUGAUGAUGCAACUAUUGUGUAUUAUUUCAUUCACGAUGGCAUAGUUAAACCAAGGCAAAACUGA